AUGCCUCCAUCAAGUCUUGUCUGGUACUCAAAAUAUCAGCUUCAAUCAGCUGAGAAGUUGACUGAGCAAAGCCAGAGAAGAGCAGAAGCGACGAAAGCAGGGCUGCAGUUCCCCGUCGGUCGUGUUCACAGGCUUCUCCGCAAAGGUAACUACGCAGAGCGCGUCGGUGCCGGAGCUCCGGUCUAUCUGGCGGCUGUGCUCGAGUAUCUCACCGCUGAGAUCCUGGAGUUGGCUGGAAACGCCGCUAGAGACAACAAGAAGACCCGCAUCAUUCCCCGUCACCUGCAGCUGGCGGUGCGCAAUGAUGAGGAGCUGAACAAACUCCUGGGCCGAGUGACCAUCGCUCAGGGCGGCGUGCUGCCCAACAUCCAGGCCGUGCUGCUGCCCAAGAAGAGCGAGAAACCCGCCAAAGCCAAGUAAACCGAUUCUAGUCUGUUUGUGAAACCAAAGGCUCUUUUA